AUGGUUUCGAAACUGCUUUGCUCGCCGAAGAGCGCCUUCGUAGCAUCCGUUGCUGCAGUGUUUCUUUUCUCAUAUCUGACGUCUGCAGAUACAAUUGCGGGCAAAGCUUCGGUGGCUAGUCUUACAGCGGCUGAAAUUGAGGAAGAGAUACAGAAAUGCUCUGUCGUACAAGCAUUGAAUGAAUACAAAUUGGCAUCCCAGCCAGAACAUGCCAGUUGGGCGUCGCGUGUGUUCGCGGUUCUCUUCCCAGGGAGCCCCGCAGUCAAUGCCAUACUGGCAACUUUAUAUAUUUCCGGACCGCCAAAUUUCCUUCUCGCUUUAUGUCCGCCGAACAUAGACCCCUCGUCGCUAUCCAUCAUGGUGGCAUUCGCUGUCGGAGGACUGCUCGGUGACACGUUGUUUCACUUGCUGCCCGAGAUCUUCCUUGGAGAGGACUCCCCCGAACAUGCUCGCUUUGUUCUCGUCGAUAACAAUAAGAAUCUUCUCCUAGGCCUUGGGAUUAUGGUAGGAUUCGUCACCUUCGUGGCCAUGGACAAGAUCCUGCGUAUUGCGACUGGUGGUGAGGGCGGACAUGACCACGGACACUCCCACUCACACUCCGCGCAAGAGUCUGCCACCACCACAAGCUCCAAGUCUGGAGACAAAGACGGCGAAUUACGAAAGCGAAAGAACAACCCCACCGCUUCUUCCAAAGCGACCGACAAGCGCGAGGACACGGAUGACAAGGAAAUCAACACCAGCGUCAAGCUAGGCGGAUAUCUGAACCUCAUCGCCGAUUUCACCCACAACAUUACUGAUGGACUCGCUCUAUCAUCUUCAUUCUACGCCUCGCCAACCAUUGGCGCCACCACCACCGUGGCUGUUUUCUUCCACGAAAUCCCUCACGAAGUCGGCGAUUUCGCGCUUCUGAUUCAGUCUGGCUUUUCCAAGCAAAAGGCAAUGGGAGCACAGUUUGUUACUGCCAUUGGUGCUUUUUUGGGGACGUUUAUUGGUAUUGCUGUGCAGGAAUUGGGUGGCAGUGGAGCUGUGGCCUCAUCGGCCGAAGCUUCGGCUGGAUUGCUUGGAACCGGACUGAGCUGGGGAGAUUUGUUGCUCCCUUUUACUGCAGGCACGUUUCUUUACGUGGGUACAGUUGCAGUGAUUCCAGAGCUGCUAGAGACUGGCGAGAAUAAGGCACUCGAGAUUAGGAAAACAUUACUGCAAUUCCUGGCAAUGGCGGCUGGAGCAGGAAUCAUGCUUGGGUGA